CACAGGCAAGCAAAUUAGCACAGCAUAAAUUCAGCACAGGAAAUGGAUCAGGCAGCAGCUUCUCGCUCUCGCUCCCGUAUCCUCACUGAAAUCGACCCACACAGCGAAUGGAUUCGUGGGGAUGAGUUCGACACGCUCAUCCUCGACGUUACAGGAUUCAGCAAGGACCAUCUGAAGGUCCAGGUGGAGCCGUCGGGGAGCCUCAGGAUCAGCGGCGAGCGCGCCGUCAAUGGCGGCGCCGGCGGCCAGCAUUGGCUCGGUUUCCUCAAGCGGUUCGACCUCCCUCCCGGCGCCGCCGCGCGCGAUGCGACGGCGAUCAAGGUCCAGCUGGACAAGGGCGUCCUCUACGUCCAGGUGCCUCACACCAUCGCUGCCGCCACCGGUAGUCCCGGCGAGCGGCGGCGGCGGCGGCGCAUGGCUGAGCCGGACGAGGACGAGCUGCAGGAGGAAGAAACCGGCGGUGGCGCCGCCGCCGCUGGAUGGAGCGCCGGUGGCCGCGCCGUGGCCAGGCGGGACGGGCACCCGGCGCGGCAGCUCGCCAGGGCGCUGAGCAAGCACCGGCAGGCCGUCCUCAACGUCGUGAUCGCCGUCGUCCUCCUCUGGCUCGUCGCGUUCUCCGGCAUCAAGCCGAGCAGUGGCCUGACCAAGAACAAGUGAUGCAACCGCGUCACCUGU